UUUAUCGUUGGUGUUCAUCACAUACGUUUCGGAUAGAAAGUAGUCCAAUAAGAAAAUUGAUGACAAUUGGUUAGAUUGUUUGGUUGACCUGAUUGAUCAUUUAUUAUCGAUGAAAAAGCGUAUUUCAAAUGUGAAUUGACUUCUUAAAUAGUGUAUCCUCACCUUUUUGUCUUGUAGUAAUUGUUAUAACUCGCGCAUUGAUACGUCUGUUCAGUCAGUUUCAGCUGUUUCCCGCCAAACAACGCCAUAACAACACGCUACGCUGCGAGGCGUUGUACGUUCUCUCGGUAUCGGAUAUUUGUGAAUUGUGUAAUUUUUUAUGCAGGUUAAUACCAGUUAAUAUAAUCAUAAGAGGUUGUCGUAUUGAUGAUGUCUACUAUAAGUAGGAGUGAAGAAAAAAUGCGGUUGGAGGAACUGCAACACUACGACCAGGACGACAUCGGUGGAUAUUGCAGUUCAAACUCGUUCCUGGGAGCGCCCUAUACACCUCAGAACGAACAAAUGUGCGUUGAAAUAAAAAAGAGCUCGUCACUGGCCGACGUAUGCGAUUAUGGCAUGCGAGAUGAAGACUUUGAUAAUAAGUGCAUUCGUUUCGGAAGUUUGAGUGGCGGCGAGCGGCCGGAGUCGCCCCUUAGCGGGGCACGAGGGGCCGUCAUGGAGCAGGAGAAGCGUAUUCGACGUGAGAUCGCCAACUCGAACGAGAGGCGUCGCAUGCAGUCCAUCAACGCCGGAUUCCAGUCGCUGAGGACGCUUCUGCCGCAUCAUGAGGGCGAGAAACUCAGCAAGGCGGCCAUACUGCAACAGACAGCCGAAUACAUCUACCAGCUGGAGCAGGAGAAGACACGCCUGCUGUCACAGAACUGCCAGCUGAAGAGGCUCAUCAACCAGCACGAGGGAGAGGCCACGGCGCCUAAGAAGAGGAAGACUGAAGCAGGAGUGGUAGUGAUGACGCCGAACGACACCGCGGACCCAGAAAGUGUGGCAGCGCUCCUGACACCCGAACCACUCGCCAUGGUGACAACAUCCGGCUCCGCCCCGACCAUCAUCACCGCCAUGGACGUGAGCGAUAGCGGCGCGACAGUCGCAGCGACAGGUGGUGCGACAGGUGCAGCCGCCAACAGCGACCUCAUUGAGUUGCGCAGUAUGUUGGACCGUGAGCGCGGUCUGCGCAUGAUUCUGGAGGACCAGGUGCGCUCGCUGGAGACGCAGCUCUAUCCCGAACGCAUCCGCGAGAUCACGCAUCAGGUGCAGCUGCAGUAUCAGCAGCGCGAUGAACAGGAGGAAAUGCAGCCAGCGGUGAUCACGCCGAUCAGGCGGGAGUCGGGCUCAAGCACGGCGUCGGAGUCGGCUGCGACCGGAGUCGCAGUCGCGGCCAGCCAGCAGCAGCAGGAGACGGCGGCUGCAGUCGCGACACUGCAGGUCGUGUCAGCCGCGUCGCUGCAGCCAGUCGCGCACACGGAAACUGUGAUUGCGACUGUGAACGCGACUCCACCCGCGUCGCCCAAGGCCGCUGUCGCUGCCGCCUCCAAGGUCGCCGCCUCCGUUGCUGCCGCCCCCAGCACGCCGCGACUCACCAUCCUGGAGGCGGCCAUCAAGGCCGAGCCCAAGGUCGAGGUCGAGAGGAUCCCGUCGCCCAGCUCGCCGGCCGCCAGCGGUGACGAGCUCACACAAGCUAGGGUGUACCUGGCGAGCACAUCGCGACAGAACCUGGAGACGAUAGUGGAGGCGAUCAGGCACCUGGAGGGCGACGCGCUGUUCAGCAACGAGGAAGGUGGAGCGGCGGCUAAGGUGGCGGUGCGGGGGCAGCGGUUGACGGCCACUCCAGUCGCAGCAGCGGCGGCGACAACUGCCACUCAGGACGCGCCACUAGCGCUCACAAAGUCCACCGCCACCACGCCACGACUGCUCAAGGUCGAGAUGAACCAGUUUCUGCAGUUCAACAGUUCGCCCUCUCAGCAGCAGCGACCCGGCGUCAUUGUGGUCAAGCAGCACACGUGAUUGCCCGGCCUGCGUCGCAUCCAACACGCUACAUGUCGCCUCGACAAAACCUCUCUCAACCCACCUCCACCGCCACAUCGGUUAUAACACUCUGUUCCGGGUAAUGCAUUCGGUAAACAAUCAGAAACCCAAGUGAAGAGUUUAUCUUAUUACUACAAUAACCUUUCAUUUCUAUAGGGCUACUUGAUAUGUUCAUUUCAUAGAGCCACUAAAACCCUUUUAUUUCUUCUUUGAAUACACCAAAGGAAAUUAAAGCUACUAGGGGUUCUAUAUGAUUAUAUUACAGGAAAGUGAACAAUUCAGUAAUACAUUGAACAGCAAAGGGUAUUUCCUAACAAGGGUAAUUCCUUCAAAAUUAUUGCACUUUGAUGUAUUACUGAAUUGUCUACUUUCCUGACAUGUAAAUUUUACUGUAAUAUAAUUUUACAUAGAACCAUUAUUAACCUUUUAUUUUCUUUGAAGACAUCAGAGAAAAUAAAUGGGAAUUCCCUUACAACCAAUUCCUCCAAAACUAUUGCACUUCAAUGUAUUACUGAAUUGUUCACUUUCUUGGCAUGUAAAUUUUACUGUAAUGUUAUAGAAACACUAAUACCCUUUCAUUUUCUUUGGAGAGAUCAAUGAUAAUGAAAGGGUACUAGUGGUUCUUCACAAUAAUAUUGCAGUUAAGUUCGAAAGGUAUGAACAAUUCAGUAAUACAUUAAAUUACAACAAUUUUGAUUAGUGAUUGGUUGUUAGGAAAUACUUGACACAAGUUUAUAGGAAAGAUGAUAGUCAAAUUGAAUUCUCAUCCCCAUAAAAACUUUGAAGGUACUAUAAGCUACAUAGUACAGCAAGUUUUGGCAAAUACCUGGUGGAUAAGGAAUACUUGAUAGACGCGUUGAUAUUAAAAAUUGUGAAUUGUAUAUUACUUCCUACUUAUUAAAGUAACUGAGUAAUUUAUGUUGAAAUAAAGUAGGUUUUCAUGAAAACUUAUGAAUAGAGAAUACUUGAAUUAGUUUAUAAUCAUUGAUACUGAAAAUAAAAUAUAAGAUUGACAGUGAAAGUUAAGAUUGAUGAUAGUUGAAGCUUCUAACAACUUGAUAAUGAUUGACAGGGAAGUUAAAUGAUGGGAUUUUUGUUAGAAUUAGUUUUUGAAAAAAUAUAUAAGUAAAUUCGUUGAGAAAUAGUUUAUGAUGUACACUAGUACAUGCGAAAUACUCUUUUUUCUGUAAAAAUCUGGUUGUUUACUGAAUAUUCAUUCACCCUUUCUCAUUCGAAGGUGCAUUUUCUUAGAUACAUUAUUAUUCUCCAACCAUCGUUCUUAUAUUGCAAACGUUUGACUUUUUCUAUUUUGCCUUUACGUGUUUUCUCUUUAAACUUUUAAAAAAAUGUUCAUUUUUGAUUUCUCUUGAAUGUUAUUUUUGAUUUUUCGUGAACCGAAACUAGUUCUUCAACAUGUUACUUAUACAUGUUUCAACAAUGUUUUGUAUUUUGAAAUUUAUCUUACUCAUUUCUUGUUAAUAAAAGUGAUUUCGCACAACAUUCAAAAUUGAUGUUUUCCAUUUUAAUGUAGAGUUUUUAUUAGUAGGCUAUAAAUAUCGUCUAAUGAAUCGGAUUAACUAAAGGUUCACUUGUCUGAUUUUAAAACUACUUUUUUAUUUACUCCACCUCCAAGGUACAGUAUGUAUUUUCUCCAUUUUAUUGUAAGAUAUUUGAAAACACUCGGGAUAUAAGUAACUGCCAUAAAGAUAAAAAACUUUGAAUUGAAACUUGCUCUCAGGUGUGAUGAUUGCCCGAUGAAUUUAAGCUAUUUAGAUUAUACACACAAGAAAACGUUCAUCUCGAUCAAAUCCUUUACUUAAAUGAUACUAUU